AUGAGCUGCGGCCAGCAAUCUGGCUGCAACCCCGCCCGCCUUCUCAGCUUCCUCGAGCUGAAAGAUAGGCUGCAACACUCUCUACAACAUCAAACUGGCCUCGUGGCUGUGUGCUUUUACGAGUGUGCCGCUGUCGACUUGUCCCCAGGCCCACACCACUUCUCUACGCUUUGCAGCAUAGAUGGUCUUUCAGCGGCCGCUAGCGUUGCCGCUAUCAUCGACAUAUCUGCCAAAGUCGCCUCGCUCUGCUUCCAGUACUCAGUCGCCGUCAAGGAUGCAAAAAAAGACAUUGAAUGCCUGCAAAGGAAAGUUACUGACAUCACGGGCCUUGUUGAAAAGAUCAAGCAGCUAUCGGACGGACGAGACAAAGCACGGCUUUCCAACACUCACGGGUUGUCUGACUCGCUCAAGGGAUGUCUUCAGAUGCUGAAAGAGUUGAAGGAAAAGCUAGAGCCGGGGAAGGGUCACAAGGCCAUGAGCCGGUUCGGACUGCGGGCUCUGAAGUGGCCUUUUACGAGUAAGCAGGUAGAAAAUAUCGUUUCUGGACUAGAAAGAUACGAGCAGAUCCUUGCCCUAGCGCUCCAAGUUGAUCAGACCAUUCAUCAGAAGCUCGACUUGGCCAAACUACCCAUAGCUAAAGGAGCAUCUUUCGACUCGCACAUGGAUGAGCACAAUGCAAGGUGCCUCGCAAAUACUAGAGUGGAGCUGCAGCGUCAGAUUGCGGAAUGGGUUGAGGAUAGCAACGGCAAACCGAUCUUUUGGCUAAAUGGCAUGGCUGGCACCGGAAAGUCCACAAUUGCACGGACUGUUGCGAAGACAUUUGCCAAACAAGACAAGCUAGGAGCAAGCUUUUUCUUCAAGAAAGGCGAGGGGGAGCGCGGCAAUGCCACACGAUUCUUCACCACCAUCGCCACAGACCUAGUGGCCCGUGUACCUGGUAUGAUAGUAGGCAUAAGGAAAGCACUCGACGCCGACCCAGCUAUUUCGGGAAGGGCUCUGAAAGACCAAUUUGAGAAGUUGAUCCUCUACCCGCUCUCGGAAAUACAACAGACCGCGUCACAAGCUUUGGCGUGCAUUGUCGUCAUAGACGCACUGGACGAAUGUGAGCGAGAGGAAGACAUCCAAGCUAUCCUUAAGCUCCUUGCUCGAACUAAGGAUAUGAAGCCGGUGUCGUUACGGAUCCUAGUGACGAGCAGGCCGGAGCUUCCUACUCGUCUUGGCUUCAAGCAAAUGUUGGACGGAACGUACCAAGACCUAGUUCUCCACAAUGUCCCAAGGACUACAAUUGAACACGACAUCACUCUCUUCUUUACGCAUGAACUUAAGAAGAUUCAAGAGCAGCGCUCACUGUCCUCAGACUGGCCUAGCAGGGAUCAAAUCCAGGCCCUGGUCGUGCUGGCUAUCCCGCUGUUCAUCUUCGCUGCUACGGCCUGUCGAUAUAUUGCAGACGGACGAGAUAAUCCCAAAAGGCGCUUAGAAGUCGUUCUUCAGUAUCAAUCGACCACCCAUGUUUCCAAGCUUGAUAGAACGUACCUCCCCAUCCUAAACCAGCUGUUUGACGACGAAGAUGAAGCAGACAAGCAAAGGCGGACUAGCGAGUUCCGAGGCAUAGUGGGGAGUAUCAUCGUUCUAGAAAGUCCUCUCUCUAUUCCCUCACUUGCGCGCCUCCUUCAGCUCUCCAAAGAGGAUAUUAGGUGCAGGCUGGACUCACUACAUUCCGUUCUCAGUGUCCCUGUCGAUAAGGAUGAGGAUGAGCCCGUAAGGCUCCUCCACCUGUCUUUUCGCGACUUCCUUGUCGAUGCUCAGAAGCAGGGGAAGAGCCCAUUUUGGGUAGAUGAGACAGAAACACACCAAAGGCUAGCCAGCAGGUGCCUUCAACUAAUGUCUGGCUCGAAGGGGCUAAGGCAAAACAUGUGCAAACUUCUAUUACCUGGAGUCCGAAAGAGCGAGAUCGAUGAAGAGACGAUUGCUAGCGGUCUACCACCUGAGUUACAAUAUGCUUGCCGUUAUUGGGUGCACCAUCUAGAGCAGAAAAAACGCAACAUCUAUAAUGGGGAUUCAGUCCAUCUAUUCCUCCAGAAGUAUUUGCUAUAUUGGUUGGAAGCUAUGAGCCUUAUUGGAGAAGUAUACAAGUGCAUCUAUAUAAUUAAUAGACUACAGGCGCUUGCAGAUCCAGAUACAAGUGCCGUCUUAAGCUUUCUUCACGAUGCAAAGCGGUUUACGUUGCGGUUCCGGUCUAUAUUAGAAGAUGCACCUCUACAGGUCUAUAUAUCAGCCCUUACUUUUGCUCCAAAGAGGAGCAUAAUACGGAAGACAUUUGCAGGCCACAUUGCGGGUUGGGUUAGUAGGAUUCCGAAGGUGGAAGAUGAUUGGGAUGCUUGCCGCAGCACGCUCGAGGGCCAUUCUGGCAGUGUCAACGCCGUAGCCUUCUCGCCGGACGGCCAGCUAGCAGCGACGGGGUCGUGCCGCAGCACGCUCGAGGGCCAUUCUGGCUUUGUCGACGCCGUAGCCUUCUCGCUGGAUGGCCAGUUUCUUCGGACAAAUAGAGGCGACAUUCCUCUCUCUUUACCUCCUAUAAGAACUUCCUCCUUUAAGAACAGGGAGUCAUCUAAUCUCUUUAUACAAGAUCAGUGGGUUACACGAAACCAGCAGCCUCUGUUAUGGCUUCCUUCUGAAUACCGACCGGUCUGUAUAGCACUGCAUAAAGAUAUAAUUUGUUUGGGGCAUUCUUCUGGCCGUAUUACUUUUCUUAAAAUCACUUGCAAGUAA